AUGUCUUUGUCUCCGUCAUUUAUUUCAAACUACGCACCGCUUCAGAGUCCAUGUCUAAAAAUUGUGACCAAUGCGUUUCCGGUCGUCCCGGUGGACACUGCUACUCAAAACAACGGCCUGUCCGCACAGAGAAAAAAAGGUAUCGUCCAGACACAAAAGGUGGGGGAGAUGUGCGGACGUGGUUUCGACGGCCGGUCCACUGAUGCCGUGCGCGCAGGCGACGAGGCCGCAGCUGACUACGUGGGACGACAUUGGGUGUGCGUGUGCGCCGUGCGUCCCCAUAUCAGUCCGCGGACCUUGUGA